UGAGAACUGGGAGAAUGUUCAGAAGUUCCAAGCAAGACCAGAUGACAUCCUCCUUGCUACUUACCCCAAAGCAGCGUCUCCUUUCUGGCAGCCCCCUUCUUGGACCUCACCAGAACGAGCCCGACAGGAUCCACUGGACCGAAGCCACAGAGCAUGCAUUCCAGAGGCUGGAGGAGGCCCUUAGUAGCUCUUAAUCAUGCUGAAUCUGAACUUUGACCAGCUCUUCCUGCUCUUCCUGAUACAUUGGAAACAGGUUUUGGCAUUGUACUGUGUCAGGGUGAGAAUCAUCCAGUCCUGUACACUUAAUUUACCAUUUUUCUUUAUAGUGAAUGGUAAGCUCUAAAGAUACAAACACCUGUAUAACCUUUUGGUUUCUCUAGUUGCAGGACUAAUCACUCCAGGUACAGUGACAUAUGGACAAAUGGUCUACAAUCCACACACUCUAACAAAAUGCUUCUCACUCAGGCACCACCAAGAUGCUAAAAGGACAGAUCCAAUUCAGAACUUUGCUUGCUAUGAACAACAAGGCAGCAUGCACUCAUGUGGCAGGGACAGGAGAUGUAGUGUCCGGCAAGAGAUGAUCAUCUACCGUCCUGUAGAUGACAGCAAUGGAUUGGCACCCUGUCCAGGGAAACACCUGGGUAUCCUAUAUCUUGGAUCUUCUGUAUUUCAGCAGUGCAGCACCUGAACGUGAGACCUCAGUGCCUAUUUUCAUUCGUGUGCCUUUCCUUGAGUCGAUCUUCCCUGGGAUGCCAUCAGGGGUUGAACUUGCAGAUAACUUACUCACCAAACCACGAAUCAUUAAAACUCAUCUACCUAUUCAAUUGGUGCCCAAAUCCUUCUGGGAACAGAACUGCAAGGUGGUCUAUGUGGCUCGCAAUGCCAAAGACAAUGCAGUUUCUUAUUUCCACUUUGAGCGCAUGAACAAGGGACAACCUGACCCUGGGGACUGGAACACCUUUCUUCAGAUGUUCAUGGAAGGAAAGAAAGUGUUUGGACCUUGGUAUGAUCAUGUUUGUGGCUACUGGGAGAAGAAGCAGACAUACUCUAAUCUACACUACAUGUUCUUUGAGGAUAUGGUGGAGGACACCUGGCGUGAGGUGGAGCGCUUGAACUCCUUCCUUGGUUUAACUACAUCAAGUAAAGAAAGGGAAAGGAUAACAAAACGCAUUCACUUUGAUGCCAUGAAGCAAAACAACAUGACCAAUUAUUCUACCGACCCUGUCAUGGAUAAUACAAUCUCCCCGUUCAUGCGCAAAGGUAAAGUCGGUGACUGGAAGGAUCACUUUACUGUGGCUCAGAAUGAACAGUUUGAUGAACACUACAAGCAGAAAAUGAAGAACACAACAUUACAAUUCCGCACAGAGAUUUAGGCCAUAAUAAAAACAUAGAAUUUAAAGAGAUAAGAUCAUCAGAUUAUAUGCUCAAAAGAAAUAUAGAAUACAUACUAUUUGCUCUGGAAAAUACUAAAAACGUGGCUUGAGCUGAUUUCUUUUUAGCCUAGACUGAGGAUUACUGCAACAUGCACCAUACCUUGUUAUUAUACCUUGGACCCUUGUUAUUUUUCAACACAUCUCAUUUGAACAUUGGCAGCACAUCAUCAGAAAUAAAAAAAUAUACACUUCUUAUGCUAUUUAAAAAUAACAAUGAGCCUACAAUGCAUAUUUUUUAAUUGUGGAGGAAACCUGAGUACUGGAGGACAGCAAUUAUAUUAUUAUCAACAUCUCACUACGCCUCAGGUCUGUACCCCUUUAUCCUGUAUGCAGGGUCACAGGGGGCCUGGGGCCUAUUCCAGGAGAUUUAGGGCAUGAGGCUGGGUACAUCCAGGACAGGGUGCUAAUUUAUCACAGGACACACACAUACAAACACACUCACAGACUACGGGCAAAUUCGGGACAUGAAGGCCAUUUAGCCUAAUCUGCAUGUAUUUGGACUGUCGGAGGGAACCCACCAAGCACAGGGAGAACAUGCAAAAUCCAUGCAACACAAGACAGGAAUCAGAUCUGGACCCUGGUGGCGCAAGGCGACGGUGCUAACCACUAAGCCAUUUGUUGCUUUUAUUAUGUUAUAAAUUAUUAUAUUAUAUUAUAUUAUAUUAUAUUAUAUUAUAUUAUAUUAUAUUAUAUUUACUAUAUAUUACUAGGUAUAUUAUGGAUGUGGAAUAGCAUUUGCUAGUAGACACUAAAUAGUUUUGCUCCGCAGUUUAGCACCUUUUUGUUAGCUUGAGCAUGCACAUACAGAUGCAAAUACAUAUGAAAUUACAGUUUUCUUUAGGAUCUCUGUUGAAAGACCCAAUAAUAUUUAAUUCAAUUAAAUUUUAUUUGUAUAGUACUUUUAACAAUUUUUAUUGUCACAAAGCAGCUUUACGCGAUCCGAAGAAAACUAUGGAAAUUUUUUAUAA